CCGCACCGUCGCUGUGUUUUAUUGUGAAGGCGGAGCGGAAAUACCUCUGUGUGUGGUUUUCGGGGUACUCGAUGUGUCGGUGUUGAGGCUCCGGUAACUUGUGCUCGGCGGCUUAACGGCGGAGCUCCGGGAGGCCGUUCAUGGAGGAAACGUGAAGUUUGACCGGAGGAGGAGAACUUUUCCCGCGGUGUGGGCGCCAAAGUGUGAUGCGUUGGCAUGGAGGAGGCGGAGCACAACCGCUAUGUCUCUCAGCUGAAGGCCGAGUUCGACAGCUGCGACACGACGGCGACCGGCUUCCUGGACCGAGAGGAGCUCACGGCGCUGUGCCGCAAACUGCAGCUGGACGCUCACCUGCCACUGCUGCUCGCCACGCUGCUGGGCGAGAGGCGCUACGGCCAGGUGAACUUCGAGGAGUUUAAGGAGGGCUUUGUGGCCGUGCUGUCCCGCUCUCUGGACUUCGGGACAUCAGAGGACGACAGCAGCUACCUGGAGCCAGCUGUUCCAGAGGAGGUGAAGCCAAAGCUGGUGAAAGGAGCGAAGCGUUACGGCCGCCGCAGUAAACCCGACGCCGCGAUUACCUGUGACUCAGAAGACUCUCCGCCGUUCAGAGCGGAGGCCUCAGACUCGUCACCGACCGGCGUCCGAAAGGCCAAACUGAGACGGGCAACGUCACUGGAAAGUGUGGAGUUUUUGCUGACUGAGAAUGUGAAACAGCUUCAGUGCAGCAGCUCUGCUGCGGGAACACGACUCCACCUCUUCUUCUUCAUCACUUCUUUACACCAGAGCCACCCUUUCCUUUCUUCCUGGGUUUGUCUGAAGCAUCUGACGGUUUUUCAGAAGGAAACAGUCCGACUGCAGUCUUCACUUCGAGUAACUGACUCUGUGCGGCUCACUUUGAUGCUGGAGAGGUGCGGUGGAGCAGCGUCGUGGUGCCUUCAGAGCCUGAAGUCUGACGAGGAGGCAGGAAGUCAGAAGGAGACACCCCUUCAGUGUAAAGGUCACAACCAGGGGGAGGAGCCAGGAGAACACGCGCUGACGCUGGUGUGCGAACACCUGGGUCUGCAGCGCCUGCACACUGAGGAAGUGGAUGUGCUGCUCAGGAAGUUGGAUCCUGACCUAGAUGGCAGGGUCAGCAUCAGGGAAUUCAAGAAGGUACUCUGUGGCUCCACCCCCAUCACCUGUUCCACCCCAGUACGACAAGCUGACCUGAGAGCGCCACACAAGCCUCCGGCGGUGUCGGAGGAGCGCUCGGCCCGCUCCGCCUCGCCCUCCCUGCUGACGGCUACCGUGGGUCAGCGGGUGCUCACCCGGCUGGACGACGGCUCGGGAUGUAAGCCCGAGCGUGUCGCGGCCCUGUGGACGGAGGAGGGCAUCGGGAACAGCCGGGACAUCCUGCAGACUCUGGACUUCCCCUUGGAGGAGCGCCUCAGUCUGGCAGAUCUGACGCUGGCGCUGGACAACGAGCUGCUGGUCAGCGGGAACGGCAUCCACCAGGCGGCGCUCAUCUCCUACAAGAUCGAAAUCCAGCACCUGCAUGAUGGAGCCGAGCUCUAUGAUGAGGAACUGAACCCUGAGCCGGCUCUGUCGUCUGUGUUCAGGGAGGUGGCCGAACAGGCCUGCAGGGAGCGUGACAAGGUGAAGGCCGACCUGGAGCGGGCCGACCGCAGGAACCUGCAGCUGGUCAGAGAGGUGGACGACCGGCACGCCAGCAUGGAGACGCUUAACCAGAGCCGAAUCAGGGACCUGGAGCAGGACUUCCGCGAUAGGCUGAUGGCUCUGCGCAGCGAGACGGAGCAGGAGAGCGAGGCGCUGCUGCAGCACGUAGAGCGAGAGCGCGGCACCCUGCAGGAGGAGCUGCAGCUGCUCAGAGCGCAGGAGGCGGAGCUACAGGAGGAGCUUUGCAGCGCCGUCCAGGAGAAUGGUCGUCUGGAGGAGGAGCUGAACACAGUGAAGAUGAAGCUGACUGAAGCCGAAGGCUCAGCGAGGCAACUGCAGAGAGACCUGGACCAGAUGCUGAAUGACAAGGUGAGCAAAGAAAGCCUUUACGCCGCCGCCGAGGUUAAACGCCAGAGUGUCAGACCUUGUUCGGACUCAGAGGGCUGGAUUCAGACGGGAUCGCACGGAAAAUUAAAAACGUUCACGAACAGAAAACCUGAUGAAGAGAGUUCACUGAUUGUAAUUUUAAAGGUUGUGGAUCAAUCAAUGAACUUACUGCUGUUUGGCGGUUUGGACCCGUCCAGCGUUGGUCUGAGUCACGAGGAGAGAUUCUCUGAAAUCAUCAAAGAAUACGAGCAGCAGUGCCGGGAGCUGCGGGACAGAAACGAUGAGCUGAGCUCAGAGUUGGAGCUGCUGAAGAAUCAAAGGAGAAACAGGAAGUGCAGAUGGUGUGCUGGAGCCGCCAAUGCGCUGAGCUGGAACCAGCAACACUCGGAGUCAGACUCUGACUCAGACGUGAAGCGCUGCUCGUCUCCUCAGGUCAGGAAGAAACUGGAGCCGUCUGAUAAAGCAGCUCUGUGCUCAUUGGACGACUCGGGCCCGGCCAUCAGCAUCCAGACUGAACUGGCCCUGGAACAGCUGAAGCAGAAACACGAGGAGGAGCUGCAGCAGCUGAACAUCCACCUGGAGACGCAGAUGAACUACUACGAGCGCAGUCUGGAGAAGAUGAGGCAGAGCAUGGAGGUGGAGCGGAAGGACAUCUCUCAGGCCUUCAAGCUGGAGAUCAGCGAGCUAGAGGAGCAGAAGUCUCAGGUGGAGCAGCAGGUGAAGCAGCUGAAGGAGACCGUGGACAAACUGCAGACUCAGAUCCAACAGGGAGGAGGGCGGAGCAACGAGCAGGAGCGCAGGAUGCAGCGGGAACGCGCCGAGCUGGAGCAGAACUUCGCCAGAGAGAUCGGUAACCUGGUGCAGCGGCUGAGCGCAGAGAAGGACCAGCUGGAGGCGGAGCUGAAGCUGAAGAUGGACCAGGAGGUGAUGCUGGUCAGGGAGGAGUCGGAGCAGCAGCUCGCUCAGAUGAAGGUGCAGCACGGUGAGGCUCAGCGCCGCCUCCUGCACCAACUCCACCAGGAGCGCCGGCGGCUACAGGAGCAGAGAGGAUUCUGGGAGAGAAGGCUCGUGCAGGCGGAGCAGGAGAAACUGUGCAGUGAGGAGCGAGCCCGGGAGGAGAAGAGGAGCAUGGAGGAACAGCAAGAGGAAGAGGUCCGGCUCCUGAAAGAGGAGGUCUCCGGUUUGCAGGAUGCCCUGCGGGCGUCCAGCCAAUCAGAGGCCAGUUUGAAGGAGGAACUGGAGGCGUCUUACAGGCGGAGCAGGGAGCUGGAGGCUCGGCUGGAGGAGGCCUGCGCGCAGCUGGAGGAGAGCAUCGCCUUCUUGGAGUCUCAGGAGCUUCUGAACAAACGCCUGGCCUCGGAGAAUAGCUCGGCGGAGGAGGAGCUGCUGCUGGCGAGGAGCAGGGAGGAGGAGCUUCAGGUUCAGGUGUCCCACACGAAGGCCAAGCUGGAGGAGCUGCAGGCCGCGUCCGACUGCCUCCUGAGGGACCGAGAGGAGGUGGCAGGAAACUGCAGCCGGCUCUCCUGCACCGUCGCCCAGCAACAGGCUCAGCUCCGAGCCCGCGAGCACAUGGUCUCCUCCCUCAGGGCGGAGCUGGAGAACCUGCAGGAGGCGCUCAGGAGCAAAGCCGAGUCGGUUUCAAGACUUGCGGCCGAACUGGACUCUCUGAAGACGGACCGUGCCCGGCUGAUCCAGGACCUGAAGGAGCAGGCCAUGGCCGUGGACCACCUGCAGCUGCAGCUGGACGGCGUCUCCGAGGAGCUGGACCGGAGGAGGAGUGGCGAGGAGACCCUGAAGGAGGCUCUGAAGCAGGAGCAGAGCCGGACCUCGCAGCUCCGGUCCAGCCUGGUGGAGGAGAAGGAGGAGGUGUGGCGUCUGAGCCAGGAGAACGGGACCUACAUCCGGCUCACCGACCAGCUCUCCACCCAGAUCGUGGAGAUGGAAGAGGAGAUCUCUUCUCUCAGAGACCACCUCCGAGACCUCAGCGCCCAGCUCAACGACACCGCUGACCUGGUCCUGGAGCUCCGCAAGCAGCUCAACGCCAAGAGCGGCGAGGUUGAGCCGGCGAGCAGCGAGCAGCUCCUCCAGCUGCAGACCGCCCUGCUGGACUCCGAGAACCGGCAGAGGACGGCGGAGGAGGACUUGGAGAGGGAGAAGAAGAAGAUGACCCAGCAGCUGCUGGAGUUGGAGGAGCUGGUUCUGGCUCUGGAAGAGCUGGUGGAGCCGGCCGGUGCACGCAGGACUCAGUUGGAGGAGGUCCAAUCAGAGAAUGCAGCGCUCCAGGAGAGACUUGGCGCCCUGCAGCAGGAAGUCCACGAGAUGGAGGACGAGGUCGCCAGGAAGAGGAGGAAACUGGAGGAGAUGGAGAGAGAACACGAGAGGAGCAGAGAAGAAGAAGAGAGGCUGCACAGAGAGAACUCCAGAUAUCGUGAGGAGGUUCUGGAUCUGAGCAGCAGGAACCUGCAGCUGAGCACCGACAACGCUGAGCUCAGCGCCCGUCUCCAUGGAGACCAGGAAUCAGUCCGUAUGCUGCAGGAGCGCCUAGCGACGGUUUCUAAGGAGCAGGAGGAGGAGCAUGUGACGGUGCGGCGGCUGCAGGAUGCGGCGCUGCAGCACGAGCGGCAGAAGCUGCAACUGCAGGCGUCCUGGACACAGGAGAAACAGGUGCUGGAGGCGGAGCUUAGCACCUCCAAGGAGAAGCUGGAGCGCCAGGCGGUGCUGGAGGCGGAGUUCAGCGCCGUGACUCUGAAGCUGCAGUGGGUGGAGGAGGAUAAGGCCAAACUGCUGAGAGACGCCGACAAGCGAAAUACAAAGGUGGAGAAGCUGCAGCAGAGUGUGCUCUCUCUGGAGGCGGAGGCGGAGCUCCUUCGCUCUCAGCUCACCGCCGUCAGUCAGGAGAAACUCGGCCACGCCCAGGAUGCGACGGAGCUACAGAGGAAGUUGCAGGAGGCUCAGAGCAGGGUGGAGGAGUUGGAGGCCGGUGUCAGGAAGCUGAUGAGGGAGAAGGAGGAGCUCCAACAGGCCCUGCAGGAGCAGGAGGAGCAGGCCUCUGUCACUCUGCAGGAAGAGACCCGCAAACUGAGCGAGGAGCAGCAGGAGCUGAAGAGCAGACUGAGCGAGGCGGAGGAGGCCCGGAUCCAGGCCCAGGACCAGGCGGUGCGAGCGGACGCCGCCCUCAGUGUGGCGCAGGCGCAGCACCUGCGACAGCUGCAGGAGGAUGACAGCUGCAGGGAGUGGGCGGAGCUAUUGCAGGCCCGGCUGGUGGAGGAGCAGAGGAGGUGUCUGCAGCUGGAGGAGGAGCUGAAGCAGCAGGAGCAGAAGAGCAGCUCUCAGAUCAGCACGAAGCAGGAUCAGUACGAGAAGGCGAUGGCGGCGCUGCAGCAAAGGGCGGAGGACGUGGAGACCAAACUGAAGGCGGUCCGUCUGCUCCUGCAGGAGAAGGUGGAGCAGCUUAAAGAGCAGCUGGCGAGGAACGCCAAGUCGAGCGCGCUGCUGAAGGACCUGUACGUGGAGAACUCGCAGCUGAUGAAGGCGCUGCAGGUCACCGAGCAGCGGCAGAAACGCGCCGAGAAGAAGAACUUCCUGCUGGAGGAGAAGGUUGGCGCGCUCAACAAGCUGCUGAGGGACAUCGUCCCUGCGUCGCUCGCCACAUAACCAUGCCAACGCGGAGCAUAAGAACCCCAGCAGGUGGGGGCGGGGCCUCACCUCUGCCCUGUGUGGAGCAGGUGGAUGUCUGUCUCCUCACUGAAGCAGUCCACACACACACACACGUGUGUCAGUAUUAUCUUUGUUUAAAAUGAAACCUGUUUUUAUUUUUGCGUCGUUUAAAUAAAGUUUUAAUGUCUCUGUGA